AUGUCGGGUCCUAGGCCUGGGAUGCGCCCCCCCAUACCUCCUCGGAAUAAUCCCCGAGCUACCCCUGUAGGCCGAUUGGCCAGUUUGAAGCCACCGGGGUCGACUGCUAUCAAACGUCCUCAGUCCAUUGCCCGCCCUCAGCCGGCGAGACCGACCACUCAUCCCAAGACGUCGACUUGCCCUAAUCCCGGCUGUCCCGCCCCUCACAUUGUCGAGGAUGACGGGCAAAAGGUCUGUUCCGGCUGCGGUACUGUCAUCAGCGAGGCAAACAUUGUCUCCGAGGUCACCUUUGGAGAGACCUCCUCGGGUGCUGCCGUGGUUCAGGGAACCUUUGUCGGCGAAGAUCAGUCCCAUGUCCGCAGUUUCGGCCCGGGUUUCCAGGGAGGGAGCGGCAUGGAGAGUCGAGAAAUCACAGAGCAGAAUGGUAAUCGUUACAUCAGUCAGUUGUCCCGUGCACUGAUGAUCCCCGAGAGUGCGAUGAAGGCUGCCGGUCAGGUCUUCAAGCUUGCCGUGGGCCUUAACUUCAUUCAAGGUCGUCGCACAAAGACGGUCGCAGCAGUCUGCUUGUAUAUUGCCUGUCGCCGGCAGGAUGGAAACACCGUCAUGCUUAUUGAUUUUGCGGACGUCCUAAUGAUCAACGUGUUCAAGCUCGGUCGAACGUACAAAUCCUUGUUGGAUGAGCUGCGGCUUGGUGGCAAUGUAUUCCUCAUGAAUCCCAUCGACCCGGAGAGUUUGAUCUAUCGAUUUGCCAAGCAACUGGAAUUCGGAAAUGCCACCAUGCAAGUGGCUGGCGAAGCCGUCCGUAUUGUCCAGCGCAUGAAUCGUGAUUGGAUGACGACCGGUCGUCGUCCUGCCGGUAUCUGUGGGGCAGCUUUGAUUCUAGCAGCACGCAUGAACAACUUUCGUCGGACGGUGCGCGAGGUUGUUUACGUGGUCAAAGUCACGGAGAUUACAAUCAGCCAACGUCUCAAUGAAUUCAGCUCAACCGAGAGUGGAGAGCUGACGGUCGAUCAAUUCCGUUCCGUACAGUUGGAGAAUGCUCACGAUCCUCCCUCUUUCACCCGAGCACGGGAGGGAAGAAAACCUUCCCGAAGCGUCAAGAAAAAGGCCCCCGAGACUGCGGCCGAGAUCGAGGGCGAACAGGAUGCCGAUGUCACUGGCACACGCCAGCCAAACCGCGUCGAUGCUGAUGGCUUUGCCAUCCCUAGCAUCCCUAUCGAUCCCGCUCUGUUCGAGGCUGAUAAUAGAAGACGACCGUCGACCGUGUCGGCCACGAGUGAAGAACUGUCAGAAACCGAUCCCGAGUCUACGCAAGCUACCUCCGGCCACCGGAAAGGCUCCAGAAAGCCAGAGCUCCCCCAGCCGACCCCCGAUCAGCUCGCCUCCGAGGAGGCUCUUGAAGAUGAGAUGACUGCACUAUUAGCCAAGGGUUCCAAUAUGACAGAGAACCCGGCUAACGCGGGAGACCAAAGUCAGCAGCCGAGCAAAAACGUCUCCGAAAGCGCGGAGAUCGACGAGAGUGAAUUCGAGUCGGAUCCGGAGGUCUCUAACUGUCUCUUGUCUCCCAUGGAAGUCGAGAUCAAAGAGCGAAUUUGGGUGCACGAGAACAAGGAUUAUCUGCGGACGCAGCAGGCAAAGGCUUUGAAGCGAGCCUUGGCAGAGUCCGAUUCGCGUCCCGGAAUGCACAAACCUCGCAAGCGUCGCAAGGGUCGACUCGGGGACGUGACCUACCUAGAGGGUGAAGGCGAGGACGGGGACGGGAGAAGCACUCGUGCGUCCACUCCGGCAGAGGCUACUCGUCGGAUGUUGGAGCGUAGGGGAUUCAGUAAGAAGAUUAACUAUCGUCUUCUAGAGUCCUUAUUUGGAGAAGAAGGGGGCGAGGACGCCGCCAAGGCAAAGGCCGAAAGCAUGAGCCGGAGCCAGAGUUACAACCAAGGCGUCUUCUCCGGUAUCGUUGGCAAUGAAAAUUUCCUCGAUGUGGUCAAUCACCCUAGUGCGGUUCUCGUCGGCUUCAUCGUAUCCAUCUACAACCUGGGUUGCUGCGCAGGAGCACUCGUUGCAUUUCUAACGAGUGAUCCACUUGGCUUCCGCAGGAUAAUGUGGCAGGCCAUGGCGUGGGUCAUGGUCGGAGCAGCUCUCCAAGCCAGCUCCUUCUCCACCGCACAGCUUCUCGUUGCUCGCUUUGUCACCGGCAUCGGCGUUGGCAUCAUGACCACCGUCGUGCCGGUGUACCAGUCCGAGCUCUGCGAGGCACGUAAGCGCGGAAUGUUCGUUUGCAGCCAAGCUCUCUUCGUCGGGGUGGGCAUCGUGCUUUCUUAUUGGUUUGACUACGGAAUGAGCUAUGUCGACGGACCCAUGAGCUGGCGUCUUCCAAUCGCCUGCCAGGGAAUAUUUGUCGCUGUUAUUGCGGGGAUGGUCCUGGGACUUCCUGAGAAUCCACGAUGGCUCUAUCGCAAGGGAAAGGGCGCCCAGGGCUUUCAGGUCCUGUGUGACUUUUAUGAUUGCAACUUGGACGAUCCUAAAGUGAUCAAGGAAUCGCAAGGCAUCCAACGAGCUAUUGAGCUUGAUGCUCUGCGGGGCGAAUAUAAAUGGAGCCAGCUGUUUAAGAAAGACGAGCUGCGGACUGGUCGACGCGUCUUACUGGCGUAUGGCUUACAGUUCAUGAACCAGAUGUGUGGUGUCAAUAUGAUAGUAUCCUACGUAACCUCCAUCUUCGAGACCAAUAUCGGCCUCGACAAGAAAACAAGUCUCCUUAUGGGAGGCGUUAUCCAGUUCAUGUUCAUCAUCGGCUCAUUCUAUCCAACCUUCUUCGCCGACCGACUCGGCCGUCGGAAGCCCAUGCUCUGGGGCUCCUUCGGCCUAUUCUUUUGCAUGAUGAUGAUCUCCAUUCUUCUUUCUUUCAAAGGGACGAUUAUCCAGAAAGAAACGGCAUCGGCAUCGAUGACAUUCUUCUUCCUGUUCAUGCUCACCUUCGGUGCUUCCAUAAACUGCAUCCCGUGGGUGUACGGUCCGGAGCUCCUACCCCUGCAUGUCCGUGCCAAAGGAACCGCCAUUAGCAUUGCCGCUAAUUGGCUCUGGAAUUUUUUCAUCUCGAUGAUCUCCCCCACGCUAAUCCAGGACUUGGCUUGGAAGGGAUAUCUGAUCUUCAUGUGUUUCAACCUCAUCUUUGUUCCGAUUAUCUAUUUCUUUUACCCCGAAACCGCAACCCUCUCACUCGAACAAAUCGACACUUUAUUUGUCACCAAACGCGCGGCUCUCCCUUCCCCUGAUGAAGAACACUUCCCAUGCCCAUAUUCAUCGGCGGAUGGUUCCUCCUCUUCUCCUACCUCUGCCGCAGCUAGCGAACCCUCGCCGGUCGAGACAGCGCGAGGUGAUGCCAUCACAGUCGUGGACAGCGGAGGGGAAGGGGAGGGGAACGUGAGAAUAAAGCCCGUUGCUUCGUCUGAGAAAAGUGGCUAG